UUGUCGCCCGUGCCGCGCCGUGCCGCAGAUGAGGACCUGGAGGAGCUGCUGCAGGAGGCGGUGCGCGCGAGCAACCGCGGGGUGUCGGCGGCGCGCAACGCGUCCGGGGAGCCCAACUGGAGCUUCGGCCAGGCGCUCUUCUUCUCCAGCACCGUCGUCACCACCAUCGGCUACGGCCACGUCACGCCGCUCUCCAGGGCGGGCAAGCUCUUCUGCAUGGCGUACGCCGUGCUGGGCAUCCCGCUCACCCUCUCGCUGAACGCGCGCCUCGGCCACCUGUACCCGCCCUUCAACAUCCGCCUGCUGCACCUGGGGCUGGUGGGCGGCGCGCUCGUCGUCUGUUUCGUGCUGCUGCCGGCCGCCGCCUUCGCCGCCCUCGAGCCGGACUGGGACUUCCUCGACGCCGUCUACUACUGCUUCAUCUCGCUCACCACCAUCGGCCUGGGCGACUACAUCCCCGGCGACUCGCCCGACCAACCCUACCGCCCGGUCUACAAGGUCGCCACCACCGUGUACCUGCUGGCCGGCCUCACGUUCAUGAUGCUGACGCUGACGGUGUUCUACGACAUCCCGCAGCUGAACCUCGGGCUGCUGUUCGUGCUGCGCGCCGACGAGACGACCGGCGACCCGGAGAAGGCGCGCCUGCAGACGCCGGGCGCCAUGGGGCCCAAGUACACGCAGCAGCUGGACGCGCCCGCGCACGCGCCGCCGCUGCACGCGCUGGGCGCGGGGGCGGGCGCGGGCGCGGCGGCGGGCGCGGGGCGGCGCGCGCCCGGGCCGUCGGUGCGCGUCAAGUCGCGCCGCGCGACGAAGACUCCCCCGUCCCCGAGGACACCACGCCCUCCACGCGCCGCCUUAGAGACCCCGGCGCCACGCCCGCACGCACCGCCCCCGCCUCCGCCCCGCCCCCGCACCGCCACGCCUCGUUCCUCCGCAGCGGCGGUCUCGGGCGAGAAGCCUCCUCGCCUCCCCGGCGACGCAGUUGCCCUUCAUAAUCAAAAAAGCUACUUAAAUGCUAACAGUUUUCAAACCAUGAACUUACUUUUACAUUUCAAAAUGAAAAAUACAUUCAAAUUUUAUAAUUCAAAUAAACCUCAUGACAGUUUUCUGGCAAUUAAGCUAGUUCAAAAUUAUAAAAAUUACAAAGAGAGACUCCAAUGCAAUGAAUUCAAACCACAGUAUGUAAAAAUCAAGCAA